AUGCCAAAAGAUACAAUCUUAUUUGAACGAAAUAGGGUUACUAUUAAAGAGAAAUCACCACAAAGUGAAACACGUGCAACACCACUUGAUGAAAUAACUGGAACAAUAACAGUUAUAGAAAAUGACCGUGGAAAAUUUUUUCGUUUUGUACCAUUAGGUCUUGAAGAUGUUAUGACAGAUGAUUGGGCACUUAUUAAUGGUGGCCAUUCAAUUGUGUGCGAUAAAAAUGAUGGAGAUUCUGUAGCAGCAUCAUCUAGUCCACUAUUGAAAUUUCGUUUUCAUUUUAAUUUAAAUGAUUUACGAAGUGUUCGUCGACAUCAUAUGGUUCAUGGUAUAGCUCAUAUGGUAUUUAUUCUUAAAGAUGGUACAACAUUACCAGCAUUUUAUUUUAACCAUGGUGGAAGUAAAGAACUUUUACAAAAACUUGCUCAAUAUUUACCACUUGAGAAAUCAACACAAGAUACUCGUUUAUAUAUUGUUAAAGAUGAUCUUCAACGAGAAAACUCUUCACAAUCAAUCAGUGCUUUUGAUCAACUUAAUUUAUUUGACAAUUCCAAUGAUAUUAUGAAACGAUUUCAAGGAAAUGAUUCUCGUCGAACAGCAAUUGAACGUUUUUCUCGUGUGACAAAUUUUCUUAAAGAUACAUUUCUUGGUCAAAAUGAAUUAAUAUCAACAACAGAAAAUUCAGAUAGAAAAUUUGAAUGUGAUGCAACUGCUCUUAUGGAAUCAUUUAAUGGUGAUUUUAGAGAAUCAAAUAAUGAUGGUUUUGAAGUGAUUUACAAGGUGGAUUUUAAAAAAUUACCUGAUGUGGCACGUGGUCAACCGUUAACAGUAAAAGAAUGGCAAAUGUCAUUUGAUAAAGAUGGACGUAUAAUUGAUGUUAAAAAAUUAAAAGAACGAAUAUUUCGUGGUGGUUUAGAAUCAAACGUAUUAAGACGCGACGUAUGGAAGUUUUUAUUAAAUUAUUAUCCUUGGUCAUCAACACGUGAUGAACGUAUAGAAUUAGCUAAGCAACGAAAAUCAGAAUAUCAUACAAUGAAAGUGCAAUGGAAAUCAAUAAAUGAACAACAAAAACAAAAAAAUAAUUUAUUCCGUGAUCGAGGAUCAUUAAUUGAAAAAGAUGUAACACGGACUGAUCGAACACAUGAAUAUUUUCAAGGAGAAAAUAAUGUUCAUGUCAAAGUACUUUAUGAUAUAUUAAUGACUUAUAAUAUGUACAAUUUUGAUUUGGGUUAUGUACAAGGUAUGAAUGAUUUAUUAAGUCCAAUAUUGGUGAUAAUGGACGAUGAAGUUGAUGCAUUUUGGUGUUUUGUUGGAUUAAUGUCACGAAUGGAACAAAAUUUUCAUAUGGACCAAUUGCAUAUAAAAUCUCAACUUAGUAAUCUACAUACACUUCUUCAAUUUAUUGAUGCUGAACUUGCAAAAUAUUUGGUUGAAAAUAAUGCUAAUAAUAUGUAUUUCUUCUUUCGAUGGAUGUUAAUUUGUUUUAAACGUGAAUUUUCAUUUGAUGAUGUUAUGUAUUUAUGGGAGGUCAUAUGGACAGAUCAUAUAUGUCGAAAUUUUGAAUUACUUAUUUGUUUGGCUAUAUUAAUUUCACAAAAAACAGUAAUUAUGGAGUCAAAAUUUGGUUGCACUGAAAUUUUAAAAUUUUUCAAUGAUUUGUCCUGUAAUCUCGACUUGGAUACGUGUCUUCUAUCAGCCGAAAAACUUUAUAUUCAAUUAGCUACACAUCGUGAUAUUCCCACAUCCAUCGCUAAAAUUCUUGGUCUUCCAACUGGUCCUAAUCAACAAUAUCUAUCAACUGUAGAAAAUGCCACCUAUCCACGUAAAAUUUAUACCGAACAACCACGUGGUACGAUGAAUUUAGAUAAUUCAUAUUUUCGUCAAGAAUCUGAACCAUCAUUGGUUCCUGUUCAACAUGAGACGACAGAAGCAGCACUUAAUGACUUUUUACAAUGA